CCACCAAAUAUAUUUCUCUCCUCUUCCUCCUUCUUCCAACCUCUAAUCGACCAAUCCCCACCACAUUCUCUCUCUCGAUGGCUACUUCUUCAGGAAGCUUAGACACAUCCGCCAAUUCCCAGUCCGUCUUCACUUUCUCCUCCCACCCUUUCUCCGACCUCCUCUCCUCCUCCUCUUCCCCCGACCACCACCACCACCAACCACCGCCGCCCCGCCGCUCCGCCCUCGCCGAUCGAAUCGCCAAUCGAACCGGCUCCGGCGUCCCCAAGUUCAAAUCCAUCCCGCCUCCUUCCCUCCCCAUUUCCCCGCCCGCCGUCUCACCUUCCUCUUACUUCGCCAUCCCUCCCGGCCUCAGCCCGGCCGAGCUACUCGACUCCCCUGUUCUUCUCACCUCCUCCAACAUUCUUCCGUCGCCAACCACAGGAUCUUUCCCAGCUCACGCGUUCAAUUGGAGUACCAAUUCCCGCAAUCAGAACGUCAAGCAAGAAGAAGAGAAAAGCUACUCCGACUUCUCCUUCCACCCGCCCGCUACGGGAUGGAGUUAUCAAGAAGUCGUAUCGAAGCAGAGCAACGGAUUUGCUGCCGGGAAUUCGACGCAGAGCGUUUCUCCGCCCGAGAUUUCGGCGAUUCAGACGACAAAGAAGACAGCGGCGGCGGAGAACAACAACAACAAUAGCAGCGGCGGCGGCGGUUACCAGUCGGUGAGGGAGCAGAGGAGGGCGGAGGACGGGUACAACUGGAGGAAGUACGGGCAGAAGCAGGUGAAAGGGAGCGAGAACCCGAGGAGCUACUACAAGUGCACUUUCCCCAAUUGCCCGACCAAGAAGAAAUUGGAGCGAUCGUUGCUGGACGGGCAGGUAACCGAAAUCGUCUACAAAGGCAGCCACAACCAUCCAAAGCCUCAAUCUGCUACUCGCCGAACCUCAUCAUCUGCGGCCUCCAUCGCCACAUCAAUUCCCACAGCAACAACAGCAAAUUCGGUUCACUCUCAGGACCGGUCCUUCGGCCAGAUUGAAACCCCGGAGAACUCUUCAAUUUCCGACGAUUUCGAUUCCCACAGGAUCAAUAGUAACAGGUUGGACGAGAUCGACGAGGACGAACCCGAUGCCAAGAGAUGGAGAAGAGACGGGGAGAUGAUGAUGAAUGAAGGGAUAUCGUCUUCAUCAUCGGCUGCCGCGGCGGUGACAGGGACGGGGAGCAAGACGGUGAGGGAGCCGAGGGUCGUGGUGCAGACGACGAGCGACAUCGACAUUCUGGACGAUGGUUACAGGUGGAGGAAGUACGGGCAGAAAGUGGUGAAGGGGAAUCCGAAUCCGAGGAGCUACUACAAGUGCACUUACAGUGGGUGUCCGGUGAGGAAGCACGUGGAGAGGGCUUCCCACGAUCUGAGAUCUGUGAUCACUACUUAUGAAGGGAAGCACAACCACGACGUCCCCGCUGCUCGCGGCAGCGGCGGGGGCCAUUCGGCGGCCGGUAGGGCGAUGGUAGUAGCACCAGCUGCCGUGCGAGAGCGAGAACAGGGGAGUUUCGGGUUCUCGGCGUUGAUGGGGAAUCCGAUGGGAGGUUACGGUGGUAAUAGCAGGACUAAAGAUGAACCAAGAGAUGAAUUGUUCCUGGAAUCGCUGCUGUGCUGAAAAUUUUUCAGGAUGGAGGAGGUUUAACGGUAUAUUAGAUUGGAUUGAUUGAUUAAUUAAUUGCGGUUCUUAAGAGUGUUUGUUUUUGGGAUGUAGAUCUUGUAACUUUCUGGGUUUUUGUAUAUUCCAAAUUGUGUGUUGUUUGUUUGUUUAGGAUUUUGGCAGCGGCCGCCAAUUGGUUCGUGGCUGUCGGCAGAUCCACGAAUCAAUUUUUUUGUAUCACACACGGCCGCUAUUAUAAUUGUUACUAUUUCUGAAGAAAAAGAAAUCAGCUCUUCAAUUCAAUCCAUCUUUUCUAUUUCUGUGACACAGAAUAUGGAUUUAUAUUGUUGCUGGAUUUGGUGAUGUCGGGAGGGAUUCUAGUUGUAUUGCAGAAGCAGCUAUUCUCUCCUACCUUUGAAUGAAAAGGGCAAAGCAAAGGUACACAACGAACUCUUAAUAGUAAUCGAGUGUUUAAAUUUGGUAAGAUGGCUAACGCUUUAUUGAAUUUCUAUUUUUUAAAUUUGAUACGAAUUUUACAUGUAAUUUUGAUUAUAUUUAAAAAUUGAGUGGAGCUACAAACCCCUCCUAAUUUCAACCUAACUUUACAAUGAAAUAUUUGAGAUAAAAAUACUGGUUAAUUUCAUUUUAUUUCAUCGGAAAUAUCUAAAGACUGUACUUUGUGUAUACAAAUUUAUUUACUAGCUUAUCUUCAAUGUUUAUCCCGAUUUGGGGGAUAAUAUGUGGAACAGAGGACGGCCAGGGACGACGGUCCAAAGCCGCCGCCGCAUCUGUUAGGCACAACCGCAGAGGUUUAAUUGGAGGGAUGACAUCAGAGCUGCGAUGAUGCGUGCGUCACCGUGGCAAGUGGGAACUUUAAUAAUUUAAACUGUUUCUUUUUUAGAUUGAAUUGGUCAAAGAGAUUGGAUGGGCGGCGGCUGAUGCAGUGGAUGUGAGAGUUGGGGGGAGAAAAGGAUAAAUUGAGGUUUUUAGA